GUCGAAAGUUUUCUCGCUCGGACGCGUCCUUUGUCCGCAGUGAAAAGAUACUAUUCAGUCUCCCAAAUAAAGGAGUUCUUUAAACCAUCCCACUGACAUCUGCUUAGAGCCUGUUUGCGCUGGUUGUCUGACAUUUUUUACCGGCUCCGUGUGUGACAAAAGCUAUUGUGUUAAUUGGUGUAAAUGCAGGUUCGUUUAUUGGUGGGCUUCACUGUUCUUUGCAUGAAAUAAAUCAAGUUAAUUUGGGCCAAUUGGAUGAAAAAUCAAUGCAACAAACACAAUUUGUCAAGUGUGGACUGUUUAAAGUCUGAAUGUAUCUAUUUUGGUGCGACUCCCCCUUUGCUGUCGUCGGGGUUUCCCCGUGUCUGGAAGCACAUUUCUGACUCUGACUUUUCCACCGAAUUAUGCACCUAAUUUGCUCACAUAUCAUUUACUCCGAGUUCCUCCCGCCGUGACAGUCAGGCCUAAACACUACUAAAUCAGCCCUAAUUUAUACUGAUCUCGCUAAUAAUCGUAAUAAAAAGCUUAUAGAUUUGGCACUAAUUACAUAAAAGCCUAAUGAUGUUGAAAAUUACCCCGGUUUGAGAUAUAUGGUUAAUCUAAACUUUGUUGUUGGCUGCCCCGGACUACUAGAAGCAUUAGAAGAGGUUCACUUCGUCUCCAAAUGGCGAGAGCUGGACAUGGCACAUGACACGAGGGUCUUUUUUUUCUAUAUGAGGAAACGUGGAAUUAUCACUAACGAUUAAGUGACAAACGUGGAAAAAUCUCGGAACUUUAUUAGCCUACUUCAUUUAGAAAGCUGCUCGCGUUGCGUGCUUUUUUUGAUCGCGUAGCAAAUGAACGAGUUCGUAGUGUAAUAACGAGAGCGAGCUUUAAUCGUUUAGCCCUGUAAUAAAAGUUUGGGAAGCUAUUACUAAACCAUAUGGCUUUGAUAAGAACGACACGUUUAUAUAACAAUAGUUUAAUUCUCAAAUAAUCGGGCGCCCCUCAAUGAUUCUGGCAUCACGCUCAAUUAAACCAAUUUUGAGGGAGUUUCUCUGAAAGAGGUCAUUUUAAAGGUUAUAAUUUGGGAUCAAAAACGAGGAGAAAUGAACUUGGGAGGGCAGCGAGAGAGGCUUCGCGCAUCUGACACCUCCAGGCUUCAACGCUGAUUGGCUCUUAUUUGAAGGAGCUCAUGGGUUCAUUCAACUAUUAAGCGCCUCCCAGUUCCUCUAAAGGACAUUAUAAUGCAAGGAACCUCCUUUUUAACCACAAACCGAAUUUGCUUUCAUUUAGGCCAUAUAUAUUUUUUAAAUAGUUUAAAGUCAUAGAGAUUUUUUUGGAAAAGCAUUUCGCCCUGGAGCGGUGCGCGAUGCUUUCGCAUGCCGACCUGCUGGAUGCUCGCCUCGGGAUGAAGGAUGCCGCGGCCGAGCUUCUGGGUCACAGGGAGGCAUUAAAAUGCAGGCUGGGUGGCGGUGGGACUGACCCGGUCCACCCCGGAGAUCUAGCCCCGGUCUCCGAUGCGGUGGAAGGGGCCACCCUUCUCCCCGGAGACGAUAUCAACAGUGCUGGAUCCAAUCCGCCGGGUGUAGCGGUCAACAGUAAGGAUCAAGAGAAGCAACAGCAGCAGCAACAGAACCCCACCCAGUCCUCCAGCCAGCAGAGUCAGAAACAAAAACGGCACCGGACUCGCUUUACUCCGGCUCAGCUUAACGAGCUGGAACGCAGCUUCGCCAAAACCCACUAUCCGGACAUCUUCAUGCGCGAGGAGCUCGCACUCCGGAUCGGCUUGACGGAAUCACGCGUGCAGGUUUGGUUUCAGAACCGACGCGCCAAAUGGAAGAAGCGCAAGAAGACCACCAACGUGUUCCGCGCUCCGGGCACUCUGUUGCCCACUCACCACGGCCUGCCGCAGUUCCCCUCCGCUGCGGCGGCCGCAGCAGCCAUGGGCGAUAGCCUAUGCUCUUUCCACGCGAACGACACGCGCUGGGCGGCGGCCGGAAUGCCGGGAGUCUCUCAGCUGCAGUUACCGCCCGCCCUAGGCCGACAACAAGCCAUGGCACAGUCUCUGUCUCAGUGCAGCCUGGGCGCCGGACCGCCUCCCAACUCCAUGAGCCUGUCUAACAUGUCCUCCAACGGCUCCGGCCUCCAGUCCCACCUCUACCAACCCACCUUCCCCGGAAUGGUGCCCGCGUCGCUCUCCGGCCCCACCAAUGUGACCGGCUCACCGCAGCUGUGUAGCUCCCCGGACACGGACGUCUGGAGAGGGACGAGCAUCGCGUCCCUGCGCCGCAAAGCGCUCGAGCACACAGUGUCCAUGAGCUUCACCUAAUAUUUUGACGUGCCGUUUCACCUCCUGUUUCUCGUCCACCCAUCAUUUCUGGCCCAGUGACGCACGAGGAAGCCUAAAGGAUACGAACAGUGCGCACAUGAUGGAAAUAAAAACCUAAAGCAUCAUAGGCUGAUGUCUUUUCGAUUAAAAAAUAUUUAUUACUUAUUUAUUAUGUCCUAUUUAUUUGGUAACUUAUUGUUUUUAUUUAUUCGUUCGAAUUUUAUUUGUGCGCGAAUGUCAACACCCUGGACAGAAUUCAAGUUUGCACAUUCGCAACGUAUUUGUUUGCGGAUCAGAGAAACAAGGUGCACUCGUUUUUAGCAUUAUUAUUAUUAUCACCACAGGAGAAGUCGUUCACAUCUUAUGACUGUUUUAUGAAACGAUGGAAGAAAGAAAGAAAGGAUGGAGGGAAAAUAUCUCCAAAAAGAAUUAAGAAACUUGACUGCAUGUGCCGACUAAGGUCAACACCAACAACAACAACAUCGGGGGAAAUGUCAUUUAAAAAGAAAAGUAUGAAUUUGUUAUAUACUGUUAUAUAGGAUGUUUUGUGUAGAUAAAGCAUUCUUAACUUGUUCCCAUUCGGUCAGUUUGUGAUAUGUUCUCAGUUAAUGUACGUGCUUAUACCAAUAUAAAUUUCUUAAAUGUUUGAUCUUCUUCUUCUUCUUAACGGCUGUUUUGUUUCCUGAACAUGUUUAUAACGAUUGAAUGUAAAUUAACGAAUAAAAUCAUUUUCAAUAUGUCAUUAUUGACACACC